AUGAUAGUGAUAGAAAUAGCGAUAGGAACAGAGAAAUCCAACAUACGGGAACGCCUAUGUCAAUGCAUUUUCAUACGAGGCCUUGCAGGAAAAUUAUAUUAUUCAAGUGUCAGUGCUACAAUUUCACCUGCUACUGUUAGAUGUUUGACGACGUCAGGAUUUAUUACAGUAUUUAAAGACACUAAAGAAAAACCCAAUACUCGAACAAACAUGGAUGAGGUCAUUACAAAAGAAGUUGGGGAUAAUGGCAUAAUAGUCUUAAACCGACCUAAAGCGUUGAAUUCUAUAAAUUUGUCCAUGGUUAAAAAAAUAUAUUCUAUUCUCAAACAAUGGGAGUCUUCAAAGAAACUGGUAAUAAUAGAAGGUACAGGUGAGAAAGCGUUUUGCGCGGGUGGUGAUAUCAAAGUAUUUGCCUUGUCAUUGAAUGAACCAGCAGGAAAUCUACAGGGCGAAGAAUUUUGCAGGGUAAUGUAUACUUUAAAUCAUUUGAUCGGAACAUAUAAGAAGCCUUAUAUUGCUAUUAUCGAUGGGAUAACAAUGGGAGGUGGUGUUGGAUUAUCUAUACACGGCAAAUACAGAAUUGCCACGGAAAAAACUCGGUUUGCUAUGCCGGAAACGGCAAUAGGAUUUUGUCCUGAUGUUGGUGCGACUUACUUUCUGCCCAGAUUGAAAGGCAAACUGGGUAUAUAUUUAGGUUUAACAGGACACAGAUUAAAAGGUGCCGAUGUUUUUUUUGCUGGGAUUGCGACACAUUUUGUACCAUCAGAGAAACUCGCAGAUUUAAAACGCGAUUUAUUUGCAUUGCGCGAAAUUGACAUUGAGCCUAUUUUAAAUAAGUAUCACCAAAAAUUGAAACACGAAUUCAGCUUGGCACCUCAUAUGUCACAGAUAGAAAAUUGUUUUUCUGCUCCAACCGUUGAAGAGAUAAUUGAAAGACUGAAGAAAGAUAAUUCGGACUGGGCACAAAAGAAUAUAGAAAUACUGCUUAAAAUGUCUCCAUCUGCUCUCAAAAUCACCAAAAAAGCGAUUGAUGAAGGAAAAGAAAAAUCUUUAGCAGAUUGUUUAAAGAUCGAAUAUAGAUUGUCCUGUACCGCUUUAACCAGAGAUGGUGAUUUCUAUGAAGGUGUCAGAGCUCUUCUAAUCGACAAAGAUCAGAAACCAAUAUGGAAGCCAUCAUCCUUGGCCGAUGUAACGGAUGAAUAUGUAAAUAAACGAUUCGCGGCAUUUCCUGCAGAGAAGGAAUUGCAGUUGGAAACCAAAUUAUAA